AUGAAGUUUGGUGAACAUUUGAAAAGUUCUCUUAUUAGAGAUUACAAUUUCUAUUAUAUUAGUUAUGAUGAUUUGAAGAAAGAGUUGAAAAAUGGGUUAAAAUCAAAUGGGAACAAUUGGUCAACCGCUUUAGAAGAAAAUUUUCUAUCAAGUCUUGAAGCUGAAUUAGAUAAAGUUUAUACAUUCCAAAAAGUUAAAGGUGCUGAAAUUUCAAGAAGAAUUAAAGAUUCUGAAUUAAAUGUUAAAGAAGUUAUUGAUUUAAUUGAUUCUGAAACUCCUCCUUUAGAACAAGAUUUUGAAGAUUUAGAAGAAGAAUUAAGUGAUGUUAUUGCUGAUGUUCAUGAUUUAGCUAAAUUUACAAGAUUAAAUUAUACUGGAUUUCAAAAAAUUAUUAAAAAACAUGAUAAACAAACUGGUUGGAAUUUAAAACCAAUUUUCCAUGUUAGAUUAGAUGCUAAACCUUUUUUCAAAGAAAAUUAUGAUUCAAUGGUUGUUAAAAUUUCCACAUUAUAUGAUUUGGUUAGAACAAGAGGUAAUCCUGUUAAAGGUGAUUCUGCCGCUGGUGGUGGCCAACAAAAUUUUGUUCGUCAAACUACAAAAUAUUGGGUUCAUCCUGAUAAUAUUACUGAAUUAAAAUUAAUAAUUUUGAAACAUUUACCUGUCUUGGUUUUCAAUACUAAUAAAGAAUUUGAAAAAGAAGAUUCUGCAAUUACAUCUAUUUAUUAUGAUAAUAAGAAUUUAGAUUUAUACUAUGGUAGAUUAAGAAAAGAUGAAGGUGCUGAAGCUCAUAGAUUAAGAUGGUAUGGUGGUAUGUCAUCUGAUACUAUUUUCGUUGAAAGAAAAACUCAUAGAGAAGAUUGGACUGGUGAAAAAUCUGUCAAGGCAAGAUUCCCCUUGAAGGAAAAACAUGUUAAUUCAUUUAUGAAAGGUGAAUUUACUGUACCACAAGCUUUUGAAAAAAUGAGAAAAGAUGGUAAAAAAUCAAUAAAAGAAAUUGAAAAUUUAGAAGCUUUAGCAAUGGAAACUCAAUAUACUGUAUUAAAAGAUAAAUUAAGACCUGUUGUUAGAUCUUUUUAUAAUAGAACUGCUUUCCAAUUACCAGGUGAUGCAAGAGUUCGUAUCUCUUUAGAUACUGAAUUAACAAUGGUUAGAGAAGAUGAUUUUGAUGGUAUUGAUAGAACAAAUGGUAAUUGGAGAAGAAUGGAUAUUGGUGUUGAUUGGCCUUUUAAUCAAUUACCUCCAAAAGAUGUUGAAAGAUUCCCAUAUGCAGUUUUAGAAGUUAAAUUACAAACUCAAUUAGGUCAAGAACCUCCUGAAUGGGUUAGAAAUUUAAUUUCUUCACAUUUAGUUGAAGCUGUACCAAAAUUUUCAAAAUUUAUUCAUGGUGUUGCUACUUUAUUACCACAAAGAAUUGAUUUAAUUCCAUUUUGGUUACCACAAAUGAAUGUUGAUAUUAGAAAACCAAUGUUACCAAAUGAAAUUGGUAUUUAUAGAAAUAAUAAUCAUUCAAAUACAAAUACUUCAAGUGGUGAAUAUAUGGAUGAAGAAGAAUUAAUUGGUAAUAAUACUCAAUUUGGUUCAAUUGAACAAGUUGAUAAUCAAUUACAACAAGCAAAUGAUUCUAAUAAUGAAAAUGCACCAUUAUUAAUAAGUAAUGGUCAAUCACAACAUCAACAAUCAUCAUUAUCAAGAUCACAUAAAUUACCAAUUUUACAACCAAUUAUAGAUAAAUUUAAUUAUUGGUUUACAGAUGAAAAUACUUAUAAAGUUUCAAGAGAUACUGUAUUUGAAUCAAAAUUUGCUGCACCAGCUGGUAAAAAAAUUUGUGUUCCAGUUAGAGUUGAACCAAAAGUUUAUUUUGCAACUGAAAGAACAUUUUUAAGUUGGAUUUCAAUUGCUUUAAUUUUAAGUGCAACUACAACAAGUUUAUUAACUUAUGGUGAUAAAGUUUCAUUAGCUGCUUCAGUUGGAUUUUUCAUUACAACUGUUUUAACAAUCUUAUAUUCAGCAUCUAUUUAUAUAUGGAGAGUCAUUAACAUUAGAUCUAAAGUUGUUGCUAAUUAUGAUGAUAGAUAUGGACCAACUGGUAUUUGUGUAUGUCUUGCUCUAUCUGUUUUUGCAACCUUUUUAUUUAGAGUGCUGUGA